AUGCCGCCAAGACAUGAACCUCGCAGUAAUGCUGCUGACAACAAUAAGGGGCAAGACAACAAUGCCGCCACUAUGCAACAACUGUUAGCAGCCCAGACCCAGAUACUACAAGCACUCACCCAGCAGAUGAACAACAAUCAGAACAACAACAACAACAACAACAACAACAACAACAACAAUCAGCACCACAACCCACCACCUCAAGUUGGCAUGUUGACCCAUUUUUUGAGGUUGCACCCACCUACCUUCACCAGCUCUUCUGAACCAAUAGUGGCUGAUGAUUGGCUUCGCUCUGUGAGCAAGUGCCUAGUAACUGUGGGUUGCACUGAGGCAGAAAAAGUGAGGUUUGCCGCUCACUUACUCGAAGGACCCGCCGCAGCUUGGUGGGAGACUUAUCAGAUCACCACUCCCAUGGAAGAGGUCACAUGGGAGAUGUUUCAGGAUGCUUUCCGCACCGCCCACAUCUCUGCGGGCGUGCUGAGCCUGAAGAAGAGAGAGUUCCACAAGCUGAGGCAAGGGAACCGCACGGUGUCUGGAUACAUCGAGACAUUCAACAAGCUGUCUCGCUACGCUCCUAAUGACGUCAACACUGACGCCAAGCGUCGUGAGAGGUUUUUGGAUGGAUUGAACAACGAGCUGGCCGUUCAGUUGUCUGUUGUCUAG